AUGGUAUCAAUGAGUUUCCGGUUACUAAUCAAGUUCUCCAUUGAGGAAGAACCGUUUGGGCAACUCCUUAUUACAUCAGAAUGGCAGGCAUGGGAAACGGUCUGGAUUUUCCGCUUACCAUUCAUCUCCAAGAACUUCUCUAUCUAUCCAAUACUAUUCGAGAGCGGAUGCGAUAUCAAUAAUACGACGAACUGCAAAAAGGAAUGUAAUUCAAAGCAGACACUGUUUGGGUCACCUGAAUCGCUUUGGAAUUGUCUUACUAUUGCGGCCGUCGUUGCAGACAGAGGUUUUAUAAAUUGGGGACGCUGGCGAGAUACAGCCACUGUGCUCUUUAAUCCUACCCCGAUCCGAGGAUGUCUAUCGGAGCUGUGGGAAGACAAAUUCCAAUAUAUCCCUCUUAACCUUUCAAUCAUAGAAGAUCUUGGACGGAUAAUGGGGGAAGAUUAUUGUACCGGAGCCGAUCCAAGUAUCGACUUUGAUAUCGUAGGGCCUGGGGUCUGUGUUACACUUACCAUUGUAAAGUGUGAUCAACAAUUAAUGAUCUUACGGAUUCUUGUGGUGUAUCUGAUUACUCUUGUGUUCCCUGGCGUACAAGAUUGCCAGGACUUGGAUUCGGAACUUCUCUCUUGUAUUCCUGCUGCUGUUAAAAGGGCUAUCCAAGGUUGUGAAAACCGCAGUUCGAUGGCAGAACUUUGCCGCAUAAUGCAAAUUCGGCAUUGCAGCAGGAGCUGCAUUUCUGCCAUUAUUGCAUUCUCUGGGUCCAGCUCAGCGGGGCUUGCGAAUAUUAGUUUGUCAUUAUUGUGGUUAGCCAACAACCUUAUACUGCGAGGCGUUGUAUCCGCCGGCAUGUACCCGCUGCUUUUUAUCCAACUCAUAUUACACAAGACACACAACCGUUGGUGGUACACUCUCUUUCAGGUUAUCCUCAACUGGGUCUUGAUGCUAGUCAUCACACACCCAGGUGUGAUGGGUAUCGAAGCUUUGGAGAAGCAUGUCAAGAAGAAUAACGCUAUCGAUCACUGCGGAGGGAAUACAGGGAUGGGAACUUACUAUUUCUCCGAUGGUCUUGUCUCAUCCAGAACUUUGGCCGGCUUGGGGUCCAAUUUUACGGACGGUCGUCUCGAUUUGAAGAAUGGAAACCACUACUUGUUAAGGCAAAACAUGGACAGCUACUUCAAAAUUCACUCCAACAUCCAAUCUCCUAUAAACACCAUCAUGGUAUUCCUGAUUCUGGAUUGGAUAUAUGCGAUGCUGAAAGCACAGUCAUCUGAGUCAGGCACAUGGCUUUAUAGCAGGACCAGGUUCUUGACACAACGCUCACUUUCACAAGCGCACAGGUUCCAUGAAACAAAAUAUUUCUGGCUAUUAACUGAAGCCUUGUGGGUUUCUAUGGAAGCUCUCUCCGUGAUGAUGGACUUCCUGGGAGUGCUGCGGGACGGUAAAGAGGAUGGCGAGAGCGAUAUAUACAUAUCAAACUGGAGCUUUGAGCAACUGAUCGCUGCUUGUGUCUGGUAUCCUACAAUACUGAAGUUUCUUUGUCUUAACAUUGGCGGUGUCCUACCAAGCUUACAAAAGCGUGUGGGCGACAUGAUCGAAGCCACGUAUCGUACAGGGGAUGAGCGAUCUGAUAGUGAUGUCGCUCUGGAGACUCUCAUCCCUCCUGGAAGGAUUGAGAGAAGUCGCAAUGAUGGUAUGGAGAGCCAUAGAUUAACUCCUCGAAGAUCGUGGGGGAGAACAGUGAAACGCUCUAUUGAGAUGUACCAAGGGCUAGGUGAUCCGCGUAAUCGAUCGGGUCAAUCGAAUUGGCAGCCUGGAACAAGUGCAGCUCCUAAGGAGUGCGUCUGGUUCUCGAGUCAGAUGAAGCUUCGAAAUUUCGAUGUGCUGGAAUAA